AUGCCUCCCAAGUUAGAUCCUGGUGAAGUGAAGAUCAUCCACCUCCGCGCCACUGGCGGUGAGGUCGGAUCUUCUGCCACUCUCGCUCCCAAGAUUGGCCCUCUUGGUCUCUCCCCCAAGAAGGUCGGCGAAGAUAUUGCGAAGGCCACCGGCGACUGGAAAGGUCUCCGUGUCACAGUAAAGUUGACCAUCCAGAACCGACAAGCGGCCGUCAGCGUUGUUCCCUCUGCGUCGUCUCUUGUUAUCCGUGCCUUGAAGGAGCCACCCCGAGACCGCAAGAAGGAAAAGAACAUCAAACACUCCAAGUCGAUCCCUCUCGAUGAGAUCUUCGAUAUUGCACGGACCAUGCGUGGUGCCAACAAGUCACUUGCACGAGAGUUGAAGGGUACAGUGCUUGAGAUUCUGGGCACCUGCUUCAGCGUUGGUUGCCAAGUUGAUGGAAGAAGUCCCAAAGAGAUUUCAGAUGAGAUCAAAGAAGGAUCAAUUGAAGGCAUGUCUUUUGCAUAUGGACAUCGAGUGCCUUCCGAGUAG